AUGGAUGUGUCAAUGAAAAGUUCAGAUUUAUCAGAUUAUGAUGACAUAACUGAAAUUUCAAAUGAUGAAGCAGAAGAUUCUUUAAAUGUGCAAGUUUUAGAAAAAAAUACAACACACAUUUGCAAUUCUAUUGAGGAAGCUUCAAAAUGUCUUGUUUUAGAUAAUGAACAAAACAACAUAUUAGAUAACAUGUACAUUUACAUUUGUGAUUCUGUGGAAGAAGCUGAUCUAUGUCUUCAAAAUUAUGAGAUAUAUAAUUCUGUUCGGUAUGCUGCCUUUUUAACCCCAAAGAACUUUGGUAAUACAGAUAUGCAUGCUGAUAAGCACAAAGUAUUGUGGGAAAUGUCCUCAGACUUUCAUAACACUCCUUUUAUUAUUCUGUCAACAAAAAGAUUUGACUGUCAUCAUGGCUUUGAUAGAAAUUCUUGUAAAAAGCAGAAAUAUAUAAAAGCAAAAAAAAAUCAGGUAGCAAUCUUAACAAUCCAGCAGUAUUAA